GGGGACGUGGUCGGCGCGGAGUCUUGUGGGUCAGCUGGCGGAUGUUGAUGUCGCCGGGCUCGAGAUCCCGGUUUAGUGGCAGCGGCGGUGGUGGCGGCCACGGUCUGACCGUGGGGCAGUAACUCUACAAAGGAGUGCACUUCCAAGGCACAUGCUGAAGAUGGGACCCCGACGGAAAAGCAUCAAGAAGUGCUCAAGUGUGAAUGAAGGAGGGGAAGCUGUAAAGCAGGAUGAGCAGAGGGACUACAUGAAUCAGUUUUCACAUGAAGUUUUGUGUCAUAUAUUCAGGUAUCUUCCCCUACAGGACAUCAUGUGUAUGGAAUGUUUGUCCCGGAAGUUAAAGGAAGCAGUUACUGUCUAUAUGCGAGUAGUGAAAGUGGUUGACCUAUGUGCUGGCUGCUGGUGGGAGUACAUGCCAUCAGGUUUCAUUGAUGCCAGUUUUUUAACACUAUUGAAAAAGAUGCCUGACUUGGAACAGCUGUAUGGGUUGCAUCCCCGACACUUGGAACGACGGCGAGUCAGGGGGCAUGUUGCAUUUAGCAUUCCUGGUGUACUUGAAGCUUUGCAAGCCUGCCCAAAUCUAUUGGCAA